AUGCCGUCGACGCCGCUCGCCAACGGUGGCACUGUGAACGGAGACGCAGAUUCCGUGGCUUCUCUUGGUGGUGGCGGAGAGAGAACAGAUGUUCUGGCUUCCACCGUCGUGGGUAUGAUUGCUGAUGAUAAGCCCGGAGUGUCCAUGAUGGAGCAGUUGGUUCCGGAGAUUACGACCCACGCGCUUAGUUACUUGGAUUAUCCCAGUCUUUGUCGCUUGUCUAUGACCAAUUCAUUGAUGAGGAAAGCUGCCAAUGACGAUAAUGCUUGGAAGGCUCUUUAUCACAAGGAUUUUACGCUGGAACAAGAUGGUAUAACUCCAGUCAACGGGUGGAAAUCGUACUAUGCAACUACUAGAGCAAUCAUUAGUGUGAAUACCGAAUUCUUCAACAUCAUAAGAGAGAGAUCUCUUCAAGAAAUGGCUCGAUUAUGGCUUAACUCGGACUAUGUGAAGUGCAUUCAUGCCUCAGGCGAACUUUUCUCUGGGUACAGCGAUGUGAUGCAAAGCUGGCAACUUUGUUUUAACUGGGAACAAGGGUUUGACUUUCAGGUCCACAACGUUCGCACUCGGAUACUAAGCGACAUGGCUUGGAUCACCAUGAAAGCAUACCUGAAUGUGGACGCUGGUCCGUUCCUCAUCACCAAUGUGUUCGAGUUCCACAAUGCAAGGUGGCACAUGGUUCAUCAUCACAGCUCAGUGAUGCUCAUCGAUGGCGUCAAUCAACAAGUUGUUGGGUGA